UUGCGUUUACUUCACCGGAAGUUUACAUUCUGACGCAGGCGUAGGAAUAACGCGCGAAAGAGGAAAGUGAAAAUGACGACAGAAACGCCAGACAACAAUGUUAUAUCAGAUGAAGUGAGAAACAGUUUGAAAGAUGAUGCACAGAACAGUGAGAAGGUGGAUUCUGGGAUGGAUGACGACAGUCAGCAGUCCAAUGACCACAACGUUCACUUAAGUGAUGAGGAAGAAAAUGAUGUUGUGAUAAGGAGAAAAUCAAACCAAAGUAAAAGAAUAUUGGAUGAUGAUGAGGAGGAAGAGGAGGAGAAAGAAGUUACAAUGGUGGAAGGGGAGACAGCUCCACUUGAUGAUAAAGAAGAGGAUUCUGGGACAAAAUCUUCAUUGUCAACUGGUGAAGCUCUGAGCAAAGCAUUUGACAGUGGAUCUGAAAAUGAUUCCGAUAGUGAUACAGAGGAAGAAUCUUUGAGUGCAGUUCUGAACAAGAAGAAAAAGCGGAUUGCAAAUGUGUUUGAUGAUGACAGUAAUGAUUCCAUUAAAGAUAAAGAACAAAUUGACAACAAAAAUCCAUCUUUGGCAGAAGAUCAGGGUCCUCGUUUGUUUGGAAACAGUGAUUUGUUUGAUGCAGAAAUGGAUGAAAACUCGCAAGGAGCAGACAAAGCUAGAAGUGAUGAUGAAGAUGCAGCAAAAAGUAACAAGGGUGACAACUCCGACAGUGAUAGUGGGGGCAGCUCAAACAGUAGUAGAGAAAACAGUGACGAUGAGGGGUUUGAUGAAAACUCAGUGGAUCCCAAACUGCUUGCCAAAUUGAAGAAGGGUGCAUCUAAAACAGCCACCAGAAGCUCCAAACAGAAAUCCAGGAAGGAUGAACUGAUGAGUAUUCACAGUGAGACCCAGAGAAUUGUCAGAGAAAGUCGAGUGAACUUGCCAUACCAUCAGCCUGAACCUAAGCCUCUCUCUGAUUUCUUGGCCAGAGCUUCUAGAAAGCAGGAACUGUACAGAAGUUUACACAAAACCAGAGACUUGCAGAAAGCAAAAAUCAUGCAAGAGACAUUUGAAAAAGAGAAAUUUAAAAAGAAAAGUGAGUGUGACAGUGUUUUGAAAAAAGAGUCACAAUUGCAAAAAAGUUUGGAAAACAAAGUGCAUGAGGAAAAAUCAGUGACUGACAAUGUACAUGAAGAAACUAAAACAGGAGAUGGAGAUUCAAACAAGUCUUCAGAAAAUCAGGAAAAACCUGCUCAAAAUGACCACCAGUUGGAGAUGGAUGAACUGCCAGAUUUAGAAGAGAAAGAUACUGAAAUAAAAAACCGAUUAGGUCAAAGUGAAGAGUCGUCUGAACCCAUGGAGGGGCAGUCAUCUGAACCAAUGGAGGAGCAGUCAAAUUCAGCCAGUAAAGAGAGUGAGGACACCUGUCAGGACAGUGCAAUACUUACAGAUAGUGCUAACUCAAACACUCAGUGUACAGACUCUACAGACAGUGCUCACCCACAGACAGAACAGACUGAUUUAAGUGAGUCACAGUCUGUGUCACAACACACCAAAGCCAAGGACCACAAGCUGCCAUUCCUGUUGGAGCCAGACUUGCCCCAACUGUCGGCGGUUCCCAAACUGAGCGGGGGCCCCGACGAGGUGAUAAGUCUGGAUGAGGAGGAGGAGACGGGGAUUCCCCAGCACCCCGGGAUCCAGAGGCUGAUGGGAAGGUUUAUGGACCACUGUCAAAAGAGAACCAAACAUGUCAACAAGGAUGUGGAUAUCAAGAUUGUUGAGAAAGACAAAGAUGAACUUCACAUGAAGACAUUCACCUAUCAUCCAACUCAGGAAGAUGAGAACUCUCUCCAGGCCCUGGAUGCACCAGGUGCAAAACUAAUGGCUCUAAAGGAAAAGCUGCAAGAGAAAAUGAAAGUAAAGCGCGAGGAAUCUAGAAAGCAGAGGCAGGACAUAUAUGAUCUGGACAACGAGGAACUCUACGAGAAGGAAGAUGAAAUUCUGGAUGAUGAUGCUGAGAUGUCUGAACACUCGGACACUGAUGUGGAGGAUGAUGAAUUUGAUGAAGAGUUUGGAGAGGAUGAAGAGAUGGAAGAAGAAGAGGAAACCGAAGACAUUAAAAAUCCUUUUGCUGAUGAUGAAGCUGAGGAAGAGGAUGAUGGUGGUGAAUAUGAAGAGGAUGAUGGUGAAAAUUUGAGACUUCAUCUCUCAGAUGAUGAAGAUGAGGAUGCAAAAGAAAAAACAGAGGAGGAGGAUGAUAGAGCCUCCCUUGUACAGUUAAAAUCCUCUGCCAAAAAGAAGAAGCCUCGUGUUCUGCAGAUCAGUGAUGAUGAAGAAAGCAGGGAUGUCACAGACGUCACAUCAGAAAAGCCAGCUGAAGAGGAACCAAGCACCUGUACAGCAGAAGUGACACAGGCCGACAAAACUCAAGACAGGGGUUUAUUUAAGGAGCCUGACGAUGACCUAUUUGUGCCCUUCUCUAGGACUGGGACUCAAGCCCCACCUGCUCAGGAGAUCAAGAGAAGCAGCAGCCUGAUCCCCCCGGUAGAGGACUCCCAGGACCUGUAUGGCUCCACCCCGGCGAUCCCCUCCUCCUGUCUGGACACCCAGAACUCACAGAGCCUCAGCUUCUACAUCGAGGAGUCACAGUCAAGGAUGUUCGACGCCGAUGGAUUUUUGCGCACAGGAUCAACAGCCAAAAAGCCCAAGUCUAAGCCCUAUAUGGGAUUUGAUAUGGAUUCCUCACAAGAUAAUUAUGAUGAACUUCUUGGUUUAUGCUCAGGGAGAUUUAAAGAUGGAGAAAAUGAGAAUAAGAAAGGUACCUGUAAGCAGCAGCUAUUUGGUACACAGUCAGCCACUCAAAACAACAUGGAGGAGCUUAUGGGGCUCUGCUCAGGAAAGUUUGCUACUGAGAGUCAAGUACAAACAGAGAGUUCUCAGCGGUCCAGUUUGAAGAGGAAGUCUCCAUUGGAUGAGGAGGAAGAAGAAGACAGCAAUGAUUCCUUCAAACUUGUCAGUGACAACGAAGAGGAUGUCAGAACCAAAGAAAAGGGUGUUUUCAGUGAUGAAGAAAACGAGGAAGAUGAUGAGGAUGAUGAGAGGUCAAAGGGCAGUGAGAAAUUUCAAGAGAAGUUUACAGGAUUCACUGUGUCCAGUAAACAUGGAAAAAUUAGGAAAGAGUUUGUGGAGGCUGAGGCUGAAUUAUCAGGGAGUGAGUACGACAGUGACGAGAAUCUGGACUUAGCGGAGGAAGAAGACAUUUUGGAGAUGGAGGAGGGAGACAAAGACCAAGUGGGGACAGAGGAGGAGCUCCGAGACCAAGUUGGGAGGGCCCACUUGAAGCAAGUAAUAGAUGAAGACAAGAGAGAACUGAUCAGAUUUCAAGAGAUGUACUUACCUGAUGGUGACCUUCACAGUGAAGGUCAAGGUCGAAUCCGCAGAUUUAAAUGGAGUAAUAUUGAUGACAGCACUCAGCAAGAUAUGUUUAACAAUGAUUCGGAUGAAGGAGAAGUCAUAGAGGAAGACCAUGAAGCUAAAUGGAGACAAGAAAGAUUUGAAAGAGAAAAAUUUCUUCAAGAACAAGAGGAGAAAGAGCGCAAUGAAGACGAAAAUAGCCAGUUUCUCAAAUUUGGAAAAGUUUUCUUAAAAAGAAGUAAUUCAGAGGUUGGAAAUGUCAAAAAGGCAUCUUCAGAGAAAGUGGUUAACAAAGAAAAUGCAUCACAGAUGACAUCAAAUGCUAUUUUUAAACCACCAAUGCAGAAGAAGGGUUCCUUCCUGGGAAGAAACAAAGAAUCACUGGCCAAGAUUGCUGAACUUACCAAGACCUCCAUUAAUCCCACUGGAGUGAGGAAUUCCAGGAACUUUGUGUUCCAAGUAAUCUCCCCUGACAAAGACACAAAUAAGCAGAACUCUACGGCAGCUUCAGGUGAGGGGAAAGUAAGAAAAGCUCACAAGCCAAAGCCUCAGCAACCAGCGGCCAAAAAACCCAGGCUGGAGAAGUCUGCCUCCUUCCCCCAGAACAGCAUCUUCAAUCUUAUGUAGGGGGGGUUACAGAGGCUGAGUCAAGCUGUUGACUCAUUAAAUGCAGUCAUAUAAACCCCCGCCAGGUUUUAAUGUGAUAAAACUUUGUUUAGCAAUAGAGAGAGACUUAGCUGUUUUAUUGUGAUCAAUGCAACCUUUCAGCAGAUAUUGACAGAAUUAACAAGAGUUAAGGAUACAGAGAAGGGAAUGGGGUGGGGUUGUGUACAGAAAUAUAUAUAUUUAUGUCCCGUUCUCCACUGGCAAAAUGAUAUUUUAUUGCUACAGAUUGUAUAUAUGUAUAAAAUAUCAAUCAAUAUUAGGAUUUGACAUGGGGAAGAUGAUGUGAUUAAAGUGCACAUGUGAGUGCCCAAAUGAUUUUUGUAUUUUAUUUGAUAUUAUUUGAUAAGCCAUGAUGGGUGAGAGUUUUACUGUACAUAUUCCCAUUUUGUAUUUAUUUGUAUGUUGGUAUGAGUGUUUUCAUAAGUGAUGAAUCACUUGAAUUAGAUUUUGAAAAUUUAGUUUUUUUGCAUUUUUUACAUUUUCACCAUCCAUAUGAAUCUUGCACUUGUACGAUUUUAGAUUUCACUUUUUUCAACAGUAAAUGGACAUUUACUUUCAGUUUCAGAUGAUCUCUCCUGUAAAAUAAAAGUUUUCAAUUUUUAUUGUUUACUCGGCUGUAGAAGUGAUGGUUAGUAGGUGUGACUGUAUUAAUGUUUACAUGUUUUGUCGGUUUAUGUAUUUUUUUUAGGAGAAUGCCAGUGAACUUUAUUGUGCAAGAGAUUUGUUCACUGGAACAAUGACACUCAAAAAUAAAAAAAAAAAUCUAAACAAUUUAGACUAAUGUCAUGUGUAAACUGAAACUUGCAGAAUUGAUUGUGAAAACAUUUAUAUGCUGUAAUAAUGUUCAACAUACCAAGUUUUCUUGAUUUACAAUGAACUGUCCUAUAAGGUUACCUGA